CCUUAUCGAUACUGUAGAAGAGGGGCACGUUGACAAAAGUGGCACAACAAAGUCGAGCACUUUCCAUACUCUAUAUAUUGUGCUUCUACCUUAUCAUACUCACAGUGGAAGCUCAAAUCAAUUCUCUGAAAUGGCGAAAGUGGGAAGGAUCAAGCUGGGUUCACAAGGUUUGGAGGUAUCGGCCCAGGGACUGGGUUGCAUGAGCAUGUCUGCUGGCUAUGGCACUCCUAAACCCGAACCGGACAUGAUCGCUCUCGUCCACCACGCCAUCCAGAGCGGUAUCACACAUCUCGACACCGCCGACGUCUACGGCCCUCACACAAAUGAAAUUCUUCUCGGAAAGGCUCUGAAGGGAGGUUUCAGGAACAAGGUCGAAUUGGCCUCCAAAUUCGGAGUCAGCUUUGCCGAUGACAAGGCUGAUAUACGGGGCGAUCCUGCAUACGUGAGAGCCGCAUGUGAGGCGAGCCUGAAGAGACUGGAGGUCGAUUGUAUUGAUCUCUAUUACCAGCAUCGUGUUGAUACUCGUGUGCCUAUUGAAGUCACGAUCGGGGAACUAAAAAAACUUGUUGAGGAGGGUAAAGUUAAAUACAUUGGCUUGUCUGAGGCCUCAGCUUCAACAAUCAGAAGAGCACACGCUGUACAUCCUAUAACAGCUGUGCAGUUGGAGUGGUCCUUAUGGGCAAGAGAUGUGGAGGAAGACAUAAUUCCAACUUGCAGAGAACUUGGCAUUGGAAUUGUAGCAUAUAGUCCUCUUGGACGAGGAUUCUUUUCCUCAGGAGCAAAGGUGGUAGAAAGCUUUUCAGAGAAUGACUUUCGGAAGCGACUGCCGAGAUUCUAUCCUGAAAACAUGGAGCACAAUAAGAUUAUAUUUGAGAGGGUUAAUGAAAUGGCUACAAGGAAGGGAUGCACUCCAUCCCAGCUAGCACUGGCCUGGGUUCAUCAUCAGGGCAAUGAUGUGUGCCCUAUACCAGGAACCACCAAAAUUGAGAACCUGAACCAAAACAUUGGGGCUUUGUCAGUUAAGCUCACCCCAGAAGAAAUGGCAGAACUUGAGUCUUUCGUUUCUGCUGACGCGAUCAAGGGCGAAAGAUCUGGUCCUGGAAUAGCUACCUAUAAGGACGCUGACACUCCCCCUCUUUCUUCCUGGAAAGCUGCUGCAUAAAAUAGUUCAUUCCUUACACUUUGUAUAUUCAGUACUUGCUGUUGCUACCUUAAGCAGACUGAUCAGCACAAGAGGUAUCCUUGCCUUAAAGGAGUUGUUAUAUUAGUCCUUCUAGAAGGAGGGCAAAGGGAGAUGGAUGGUAUUUCGGCAUUUAAUAGGGACACUAUAUGGAUUUUCAAUACUGCCCUCAAAACUAAAACUGGCAUUUCAGCA